UUCUACUUCCUCUACAUUCACGAUGCUUUUCUUUUGUCGCCCACUGAACAGUGCUGCUGCGAAGCCCUGAGAGGAGGAAAAGAAAGAUGUCAGAGGGCUACUUAGAGGCGGGAAACGAGAUGCCGACCAAAAAGCAAAAAUUAAGUAGCGACGAGAAUAGCAACCCUGACCUUUCAGGCGACGAAAAUGAUGAUGCUGUCAGUGUUGAGAGUGGACUCAUUGAGCGUCCAGACACACCCACAAACACAGCUAAUGCUCCUGGCAGGAAGAGCUGGGGCAAGGGCAAGUGGAAAUCCAAAAAGUGCAAAUACUCCUUCAAGUGUGUCAACAGCCUGAGGGAGGACCAUGGUCAACCUCUGUUUGGGGUCCAAUUCAACUGGCACAGUAAAGAGGGUGACCCUCUCGUGUUUGCUACUGUUGGUAGCAAUAGAGUGACCCUCUACGAAUGCCAUUCUCAAGGAGAGAUCCGCCUUCUGCAGUCAUAUGUGGAUGCAGAUGCAGAUGAGAACUUCUACACGUGUGCCUGGACGUUUGACAACAGCACCAGUCACCCUCUGCUGGCGGUGGCCGGAUCGCGAGGCAUCAUCAGAGUUAUUAACCACAUCACCAUGCAGUGCAUCAAGCACUACGUUGGUCAUGGUAAUGCCAUCAACGAGCUGAAGUUUCAUCCGAGAGACCCCAAUCUUCUACUGUCCGUUAGCAAAGAUCAUGCUCUUCGGCUGUGGAACAUCCAGACAGACACGCUGGUGGCCAUCUUUGGUGGAGUGGAAGGCCACAGGGACGAGGUGCUGAGUGCCGACUUUGAUCUGCUGGGCGAGAAGAUCAUGUCGUGUGGAAUGGACCAUUCUCUGAAGCUGUGGAGAAUCAACUCCGAAAGGAUGCAGAAAGCCAUUAAAGGCUCUUAUGAAUACAACCCAAGCAAGACCAACAGACCUUUUGUGUCACAGAAGAUCCACUUUCCAGACUUCUCAACGCGUGACAUCCACAGGAACUAUGUAGAUUGUGUUCGAUGGUUAGGGGACUUGAUCCUCUCUAAGUCGUGUGAGAAUGCCAUCGUCUGCUGGAAACCUGGCAAGAUGGAAGAUGACAUCGACCACAUCAAACCCAACGAAUCCAACGUCACUAUCCUCGGGCGCUUUGAUUACGGCCAGUGUGACAUCUGGUACAUGCGUUUCUCAAUGGAUUUCUGGCAAAAGAUGCUUGCUCUGGGAAACCAAGUGGGCAAACUUUACGUCUGGGACCUGGAGGUCGAGGACCCUCACAAAGCAAAGUGUACAACUCUGACCUUGCCCAAGUGCACCUCAGCUAUUCGGCAAACAAGCUUCAGCCGGGACAGCAGCAUCCUCAUCGCAGUUUGUGACGACGCUUCAAUUUGGCGAUGGGACAGACAGCGAUAAUCCUCCAAAUGUUUCUCAUCUUGUCAUCAUUCCCCUGUAUUCAGACAUGCAAACCCCACUUGCCUGCAUUCUCAUGCAUUUAUGUCAUGAACCGUAGUUACAAAAAAUGUUUUUAUUCUAUUUGGAAAUGUACUUUAUUCAAUAAAUCCAUCAUGUUUUCAGUA